GUUGCUGCGUGACACACAACCACGUGUGGGGGGGCAAGCCGGGGUUCGCAUCGAGCCAGGCAGGAGUGGAUCGCCUUCAUGUCGGAGCUUGAGAGCAACAUGGCCGAGAAUGGCGGGGGCGCAGUGGCCCCGCCAGCGGAUGUGUCCACCGCCAUGAAGGUGGUGACACCAAACCCGGAGACUGUAUCUGCGGCUGAGGCUCUCAAGCUGGAGGGAAAUGCUCUGCUGGCGGAAAGCAAGCUGGGGCAUGCGGUGGGGAAAUACACUGCGGCGAUCGACCUACACCCGACGGCCAUCUACCUGAGCAACCGCGCCUUCUGCUACGUGAAGCUGGAGCAGUUCGGCCUCGCUAUCCUCGACGCCGACAUGGCCCUCGAGUUGGAUAGCACGUACGUGAAGGCCUACUACCGAAGGGGGUCGGCGAACAUGGCGCUGGCAAAGUUUAAGCUCGCGGUGAAGGACUUCAGAAAGGUAACUAAGAUGCAGCCAAAGAGCAAGGAAGCGGCUGCCAAGCUCAAGGCGAGCGAGAAGAUGCAGAAGGAGGCCGCCUUCGCCGCGGCCAUCAUGACGGACGCGGACGUGCCCCUCGCGGAGGAGAUCAACCCCGACGAGAUCGUGGUGGAUAGUGGGUACGACGGGCCACGUCUGGGGGACGAUGGAGAGGUGACAGUGGACUUCUGCAAGGCCAUGAUGGCAAGAUUCGAGGAGCAAAAACUCAUCCACAAGAAGUACAUUGUGCAAAUCCUGUGUCAGGUGUACAAGGCACUGAAGGACUCGCCAAGCCUCAUGCGACUACACAUACCGGAGGAAGAAGGGAGCCACUUCACCGUGUGCGGGGACACGCACGGACAGUUUUACGACGUCCUCAACAUCUUCAAGCUCAACGGCUUGCCCUCGGCGAAAAACCCGUAUCUCUUCAACGGGGACUUCGUGGACAGGGGGUCGUUUAGCUUGGAGGUAGUCACGACGUUCCUGGCCCUCAAGCUGGCGGAGCCGGAGGGCAUCUUCUUGACGCGAGGGAACCACGAAAGCAAGAACAUGAACAAGAUUUACGGGUUCGAGGGGGAGGUUAAGCACAAGUUCGAUCAGACGGUCAUGACCCUCUUCGCCGAGGUGUUCUGCUGGCUGCCCUUGGCGGCGACGCUUGACGGAGGCGUUUUCGUCACACACGGUGGCCUCCCUGCGGAGGACUCGUGCAAGCUGGACGACAUCGCGGCCGUCCGGAGGGGGCGGGAACCGCCGGACAGCGGGAUAAUGUCGGACUUGAUGUGGUCCGACCCGCAGCCGUUCACGGGUCGGAGUCCGUCGAAGAGAGGGGUGGGCAUGGCGUUCGGGCCGGACGUGACGAAGGCAUUUUUGGAAGGGAACGACCUCAAGCUGCUCGUACGGUCCCACGAGGUUAAGGAGGAGGGGUAUUUAGUGGAGCACGAUGGGAAGUGCAUCACCGUCUUCUCAGCGCCGAAUUAUUGUGACCAGAUGGGAAACAAGGGCGCGUUUAUCCGGUUCGGAUCCGACCUCGAGCCGCAGUUUACUACCUUCGAGGCGGUGCCGCAUCCUGCGGUCCGACCCAUGGCCUACGCAGGCGCCUUCGGAAAUGUGAUGGGCCUGUGAUAAACAUAGGCUCGGCCACAGGGAAGGGGCGGAAAAGCAGUGGUUGGACCACUCCACUGCUACUGGCGAGGUUGUAUUAGGGCUUUUGUAGAGUAAUGUGUGCACUGAUUCGUGGAGGGGGUAUUUUCAGGCCCUUGGGGUUGGCUUAGCUGCUUCUUGACCAUGUCGUAUUCGCUGGUCUAGCACCGAGGGACUUGAGGCAUCGGAGAGUAUGUGCUGAACGCGUGAUAUACGCUGAUUCGUUUUCUUAUUUGCUUUGUCCACGGAGGGGGCGUGGCGUACUUGCCGUGGCUACACUUGGCCUGUCUGAUUGAAAGCAGAAUCGGCAGUCAAGGAUAACCGUGCUGGGGGAAGAUAUUGAAAUAUGGUUUGGAGUCAGGGUGAAAGGCAGCCGAACUGUGUGGUGCCAUCUUGUUGCAAAGCAUUUAGUGAUUGGGGAAAAAACUAGGCAGCCAGUAAUCGUGUGAGAUAGGACUACUGACGUGUAGUUGCCUCGGCUUGUCUUUUUCCAGUUGUUUGCCGGCAUUCUGUCUGAAGGUUGUUUUCCUGGCCUAGAUGAGGCACGCGUGCAGUUCUGGACGGAGGCUUUGCGCACAUCGUGGAGGGUGUGCUUCUUCCACUCGUUGCACCGACCGCGUUGAACCU